AUGAAUCAAGCUCCACUUUCGAUGUUUUAUCAUACGGCGAACCUCCUUCUGAACCAUCAACAACGGAAGCAAGCUGAAACGAAGCUGUGCGAAGAGGUUUCAAUGAAAGCAAAAUACAAAAAGCGUUGACUUUCGGGUGUUGCCAAUGCUUUGUUACUAUUGGAGAGUCAAAAACAAUUUUACAAAGACUUUUGAAUCUUUUUUUCUUCUUGCUAGUGUUAUAACAGGAGAAGGAAUUUUUACCAAUCAUUGUCUUGACACUCGAAAAUUGAAAUUUCCAGUUGGAGUUAUCGUUUUGCUCUACCAGUCAGGACAGUGGUUACGAAAACGGCUCGCCCAUCAGAACUACUGCUCCCAGUAUCUGCGACGAGGUUGAAAACGAGGUGACCUUUGUCUUUAAACUUUUUUUUAAACCAUCAAACAAGGAAUUUAUAUAACUGACAUUCGAAAUAAGAAAAAAUCCAGGUAUUCGAGCUCCUGGUGACAAUGAGACAACUGCCUUUUCGCAACUACGUCUGCCAUCGCUGUGGGGUUCCAGGUCACAGGAUUCAGUACUGUCCAACGGUUUUUACCUUUUCCCAAAAGUCUCAAUGAGUUCUUUCAGCGCCUAGUUGAUGCUCCCACGGCGUACCAAGGAGAUAGGCGAUCCGCAGGCAAGUUCCACUGUCAGCGCUGCGACGUCAAGUGGAUGUGAGUUUCCAAUUAGCUACUAUAGAAACUAAAACUUUUUCAGGAGCGAGAACUGCUACAAGGACAGGACUCAAAAAUGCAGACGGUGCAACACGUUCAUUCUUCCGCAUAAGAUGUUCCCUCUCUCCUGUCUCAAUAAGAGAAGAAUGGAUAACUAA